UGCCGGCUGUCCCGGAGCGUUAGCGGCUCCGGGGUGCGGGAUGCAAGGAGCCGAGCCCCUUCCCGGAGCGCGGCUGUGCGCUCCCGGCGCCAUGCUUCUGCUGGGCAUCUUAACGCUGGCUCUCGCCGGGCGGUCCGCUGGCGGCUCCGAGCCAGAGCAGGAGGUGGUCGUUCCCAUCCGACUGGAUCCGGACAUUAACGGCCGCCACUACUACCGGCGGGGUCCGGAGGACUCGGGGGAUCAGGGACUCAUUUUUCAAAUCACAGCAUUUCAGGAGGAUUUUUAUCUACACCUGACGCCAGAUGCUCAGUUCCUGGCGCCCGCCUUCGCCACUGAGCAUCUGGACGUCCCCCUCCAGGGGCUCACCGCAAACUCUCCAGACCUGCGACGCUGCUUCUACUCCGGGGACGUGAACGCCGAGCCAGAUUCGUUCGUCGCUGUGAGCCUGUGCGGGGGGCUACGCGGAGCCUUCGGCUACCGAGGCGCCGAGUAUGUCAUUAGCCCGCUGCCCAACGCCAGCGCGCCCGCGGCGCAGCACAACAGCCAGGGCGCACACCUUCUCCAGCGCCGGAGUGCCCCGGGCGGGCCUACCGGAGACCCCACCUCUCGCUGCGGGGUGGGCUCAGGCUGGAACCCCACCAUCCUGCGGGCCCUGGACCCUUACAAGCCGCGGCGGACAGGCUCGAGGGACAGUCGCAGUCGGCGCAGGUCCGGGCGCGCCAAACGCUUCGUGUCUAUCCCGCGGUACGUGGAGACGCUGGUGGUGGCGGACGAGUCAAUGGUCAAAUUCCAUGGCGCGGACUUGGAGCAUUAUCUGCUGACCCUGCUGGCCACGGCGGCGCGACUCUACCGCCAUCCCAGCAUCCUCAACCCCAUUAACAUCGUUGUGGUCAAGGUGCUGCUUCUCGGAGACCGUGACACCGGGCCCAAGGUCACGGGCAACGCGGCCCUUACGCUGCGCAACUUCUGCGCCUGGCAGAAGAAGCUGAACAAAGUGAGCGACAAGCACCCUGAGUACUGGGACACCGCCAUCCUCUUCACCAGGCAGGACCUGUGUGGUGCCAACACCUGCGACACCCUGGGCAUGGCUGAUGUGGGCACUAUGUGCGACCCCAAGAGGAGCUGCUCUGUCAUUGAGGAUGAUGGACUCCCAUCAGCCUUCACCACCGCCCAUGAGCUGGGCCACGUGUUCAACAUGCCCCAUGACAAUGUGAAGGUAUGUGAGGAGGUGUUUGGAAAGCUCCAAGCCAACCACAUGAUGUCCCCAACGCUCAUCCAGAUUGACCGUGCCAACCCCUGGUCAGCCUGCAGCGCUGCCAUCAUCACUGACUUCCUGGACAGUGGGCAUGGCGACUGCCUCCUGGACCAGCCCAGCAAGCCCAUCUCUCUGCCUGAGGACCUGCCAGGCACCAGCUACACCCUGAGCCAGCAGUGUGAGCUGGCCUUUGGCGUGGGCUCUAAGCCCUGUCCUUACAUGCAGUACUGCACCAAGCUGUGGUGCACUGGCAAGGCCAAAGGGCAGAUGGUGUGCCAGACCCGCCACUUCCCCUGGGCAGAUGGCACCAGCUGUAGCGAGGGCAAGUUCUGCCUCAAGGGGGCCUGUGUGGAGAGGCACAACCUCAACAAGUACAAGGUGGACGGCGCCUGGGCCAAAUGGGAGCCCUACGGCCCCUGCUCGCGCACCUGUGGCGGGGGCGUGCAGCUGGCCCGCAGGCAGUGCAGCAACCCCACCCCUGCCAACGGUGGCAAGUACUGCGAGGGAGUGAGGGUGAAGUACCGGUCUUGCAGCCUGGAGCCCUGCCCCAGCUCAGCUUCUGGCAAGAGCUUCCGGGAGGAGCAGUGUGAAGCUUACAAUGGCUACAACCACAGCACCAACCGGCUCACCUUGGCUGUGGCGUGGGUGCCCAAGUACUCAGGUGUGUCUCCCCGGGACAAGUGCAAGCUCAUCUGCCGAGCCAAUGGCACCGGUUACUUCUACGUGCUGGCACCCAAGGUGGUGGAUGGUACACUGUGUACUCCUGACUCCACCUCGGUCUGUGUCCAAGGCAAGUGCAUCAAGGCUGGCUGUGACGGGAACCUGGGCUCCAAGAAGAAGUUCGACAAAUGUGGGGUGUGUGGGGGUGACAAUAAGAGCUGCAAGAAGGUGACAGGACUCUUCACCAAGCCCAUGCACGGCUACAAUUUCGUGGUGGCCAUCCCUGCAGGUGCCUCGAGCAUUGACAUCCGCCAGCGCGGCUACAAGGGGCUGGUUGGGGAUGACAACUACCUGGCCCUGAAGAACAGCCAAGGCAAGUACCUGCUCAACGGGCACUUUGUGGUGUCGGCUGUGGAGCGGGACCUGGUGGUGAAGGGCAGCCUGCUGCGGUACAGUGGCACGGGCACGGCGGUGGAGAGCCUGCAGGCUUCCCGGCCCAUCCAGGAGCCCCUGACUGUGGAGGUCCUCUCCGUGGGGAAGAUGACGCCACCCCGGGUCCGCUACUCCUUCUAUCUGCCCAAAGAGCCUCGGGAGGACAAGUCCUCCCACCCUAAGGACCCCCGGGGCCCCUCGGUGCUGCACAACAGUGUCCUCAGCCUCUCCAAUCAGGUGGAGCAGCCAGACGACAGGCCCCCUGCACGCUGGGUGGCGGGCAGCUGGGGGCCUUGCUCUGCCAGCUGUGGCAGUGGCCUGCAGAAGCGAUCAGUGGACUGCCGGGGCUCCCUGGGGCAGCGUGUGGUGUCUGCCUGUGAUGCAGCCCAUCGGCCGGUGGAGACACAGGCCUGUGGGGAUCCCUGCCCGACCUGGGAGAUUGGUGCCUGGUCGCCCUGCUCCAAGAGCUGUGGCCGGGGAUUUAAGAGGCGUCCACUCAAGUGCGUGGGCCAUGGAGGUCGGCUGCUGGCCCGGGACCAAUGCAGCUUGGGCCGCAAACCCCAGGAGCUGGACUUCUGCAUCUUGAGGCCGUGCUGAGUGUGGUCGUCCCUUUCUCCCCACCCCCGACUCUCCACCCCACUAGUGUGUGGUGUUCUGGCCAACUGGAGCAGUGGGCAGAGGGCAGUGGCCUGCACGUGAUGUCACCCACAUUCAGGGACAUGAGCCAUGGGCCGGGGUGAGAGGUGCCCUUCUCCCCGCUGGACUGGGCAGGGGGAAGCUAACUAACACACAGUCUACCUCAUGCUCCGCUCCUCGGGGGCCCUGUUGUGGGCAGAUGCUGUGAGGUGCGGGUGCAGGGCAGAGGUGCUGAGGCCCAGUUUCCAGGGGACCUGGAGGACGGGUGCCUCCCAUGCAGAACUUCAGGGACCUUGGCCCCCGUAAGGGAGGCCACAGGCUGCUGGAAGAGCCAUGGCCCAGCAGCUUGGCACCCUCAGGUGGCCCCAGUGGCUCUGAGCCGUCUCUGAACAAGGCAGGGUUUUCAUGGUGCUCUCAGCCCACUUUCCCUUUCUGACUGACAUGGACUGCACAGUAAAAACUGGCCGGGGCAGGGUGGCAGCUGAGGGGAGUGGGAGAUUAGAUGCCCCUGGAGCCCCGGCCACUCCAUUUGAGAAGAGGUGAAGUCCUGAGGUUUCUCAUCUUCUGCUCUUGACACUCCUUAACGAACCCUCUGAUGUCCAGGGAGUCAGGCUAGUGGUAGGGCUGUCACUUCGGUGUCCCCUGAAGCUUUGCAAGUGGAGAGAGAAAGUCAGUCGGGAGCCUGCCCUCUUCCUCAAGAGCAGCUGGCCGCUACCAAAACAUGCUGACACUUGUAAGGGGCAAUGGAUUCUGUGGCCUGCACAGAGGAUCUGAGGAGAGAUCUAGAGGGUUCUGCUGUCACUGGGGCUGGGGUGAGUGAGUGCUGAGCUCUGGGCUUGGCUUUGGGGGGAUGUCACCCUGGGAUGGGGAGGAGGAGGCUCCUGUUUCAAUGGCUUCUUCCUUCAGAGAGGAGUGUACAGAUAAGGUUGACACCGUGGGCUCUGCAUCACCCGAGGACCUCCAAAGUGCCCACAGUCAGAGGGGAAUGGGACAUGCCUAGGAGGGCUAGGUGCCAAACACCUACGUGCCACAAAUUAGUCUUCAUGCCUACAGCUACCGCUGUCUGCCUUGGGCACGUCAUGUUGCAUCUCCGACCUUAGCUUCUCCAGCUGGGAAAUGGGGCUCACUAUUUGCUACCUCAGAUUGUGCUCUCUGGGAACCCAUCCCUGUCCCUCCCCUGGGACAGUGGUGACCUGGUGCUUCCACUGUACCCAGCUGUUGUCUUUGUAGACUGAGCUACCCAGCCACAGGGGUAAGCGUGUGGUGUGUGUCUUCCUGACCCCCACAGCCCGGCUGCCUGCUGGAGCUCCACACGUGAAGACAGGAUCUCUCUCUUCAGGUUCCUUGGGAGCAGGUUUCAGGAGGCAUUGAGAAUCAAUGACCUGACCCAGGGGUCCUGGGUGGCCACUGGGAGGAACUGCUGGAGACCUGCCUGUCUUGUAGACAUGUCAGGGGAGUAGAAACCCUAGUGUUUCUUAUAGCUCUAUAUGGGGAGAUACAUUGGGGUUAGAAAUCCUUUGGCCAAGCAGGGUAUUUCUUGAAAGUGCAGAUGCUCCAGUGGGUUCAUGAGCCCAGGACCUCAGUGGAGAACUUCAUUGAGAGAAGAUCGAAGCACGUGUCCUCCCUGGGGAGAGAGGUUCAGUCAUUUUUGCAGUUUUUCCUAAUAGUCCAAAUCCACGCACUAACCAGCCAGCCAGACAAGCCUCUGGGAUGGUGUUCUCAUGCCGAUCAAAUCCCGACUGGGGCCCUGGGACAGAGCUCCGCAGGGGGCAGGUUGCGUGCAGCUCUCUGAGGCAGGGCUGCAGUCACCCCUGAAGGGCGAGGAGGAGUCCCUCUCGGCACCAGUGAACACUGUGGGACCAUAGGGACAAAAGGGCCCCAGGGCAUCAGGCAGAAGGGGAGCUUGGCCAGCCAACGGUAGAGCUGUACCCUGUGCUUGGUGCACCCCCUCCUAGGCCAGGAGGG